AUACUAUUUACUAGGGAUGACAGCAUGUAGGUUGUUGGUUAUUUUGCAGCUCUGUAUUGCAAUAGUGUGUGGACGAAUCCACAAUAUAAACAUAGUAUCCGAUAGGAGAGAAAUAAUACCACUUGCCAACUUUGGGCUUACAAAGGAUGGCUUUGUUGACUUCCAAGUCACAGAUUUGAUUAUAAAAGACAAUAUUGAUGCAAAAUAUGGGAUUGUUGUGGAAAGUUCCCAAACCCAGACAGCAUCACAAUAUGUGGAGACACACAUUAACAUCUGCAGACCCAAGUCCAUAGCUUUCUUUGAUAAGCAUCCAAAGAUAUUGAACUUGCUAUUGGAUAAAGACGAUCCUCCCAAGCUGAUAAAUGAAGAUAUGUCCCAGUAUGGAGCUGUAAAGUGGGACAUUUCCAAUUUGAAACUCACAGAUUUAUUGACAGAAAAUACAAGUCCAGAUGCUUUGUUCAAAGUUGAGCAUUCACCUACCAACAAUUCAUAUUCAUUUCAUUUCCAGCUUGAGGUUAAACCGGAAGACGAAGGACAGUUCACAUUUUAUUUCUACCGAUGUCCGAGAGAGCCCACAAGCUACCGAACAACAGUGGACUACCUUUUCAGUGCCGUCAUCACAGCAAAAAAUGGAGAAUCAUUCCUCUCUGCAGGUGAAAAGCCCCUGACGUUCCUCUACACUGUUAUGGGUAUCGUCUACUUCGGAAUGUUCUGGUUGUGGAUGAAAGUUAUGAUCCAUUACUCCGAUAACUUAUUCAAGAUCCACUACUUGAUGGCCGCACUAGUGUUUGCAAAGUUCCUGGCCUGCAUUCUGCACGCUAUUGAUUAUUACUUUAUUGCCUCGCACGGCACUCCUGAUGAAGCCUGGGCUAUACUCUGGUAUAUUAUACAUCUCGUUAGAGGAAUGUUACUGUUUAUCUCGCUAGCGCUCAUUGGGAUGGGGUUCGCUUUUAUAAAACAUGUGUUGUCUUACAACGAGAAGCUAGUCCUCAUGACAGUCGUUCCAUUACAGAUAUUGGCAAAUGUUGCGUAUAUAAUCAUUGAUAGUAGCGAAGAAGCAGAGCUAAAUUACGGAACUUGGAAGAAGAUACUCAUAUUUGUUGAUUUGCUGUGUUGUGGAGCUAUUAUAUUCCCAGUGAUGUGGUCAAUAAGACAUCUUCAACAAGCUACCGAGAGGUCAGAUAACAAGACGACGCUUGUGCUAUCACAGCUGAAACUGUUCCGACACUUCUACAUACUUGUUGUUGUCUACAUCUACAUCACCAGAAUAGCUCUCAAGUUUAUGGAGGUGGUUUUACCGUUCCAACUAGCGUGGUGUACUAACUUUAUGGACGAGAUUGCAACUAUAGCAUUCUUCCUCAUAACAGGCUGGAACUUUAGACCCUACAUAUCGAACCCCUACUACAAGGUAGUAGAGGAGGAUGAUGAGAUGGAAAUGGAGAGUAUGAUCGAGAGCGACACUCUCCGGAACCGAACUCAUGCUGAUGACGAGGAUGACACUACCCUCGCCUGAUGACGUCACUAGUGACACUACCCUCGCCUGAUGACGAGGAGGACACUACCCUCGCCUGAUCACUCGGGGAGUCAUUGACUGAUUAGUUGAUUAGUUGUUAUCAAAUUGAAGUUGGGUGAAUUAUGCGCAGAGUGGACAUAACAGAGAGCCUGGUGAUAAAAAUUUCGUAGUUGUAGAUAGAUACUUUUUUGCAGUUUAUUGAGAUACAGCGAGCUUGUCAAAUGGUAUAUUCGCCUGGCUUGAUAGGAUAAUUGUAAGUAUGUUGCUAUAGAGUAUAGUGUGUUGCUAUAGUGUGUUGAUAUAGUAACUGCCUCUUUGUUCUAUAAUUUGUACAGCUAUAUUUACGAGUCAUCAUCAGUUUAGAUAAGAUAUCACAGUAAUGUUGUUUAAAAUGUAAUUUUCCGUGUUCAACACUAUGAUUAUUGAUUAUUUAAAGUAAUAUUGAAAGCCUCUAUUAUGUACACUAUUAUCUACACUGAUUAUGUACACUCUCUUAGUAUAGGGAUCGUUCACACUUCACUUAUUACAUGUCGGAGAGAGGGAUUUAAAAUUGUAGAUUUUACAACAACUCAAAUAGAGCUCUUGUAGUGCUUACUAUAAGUGUUUAAUUAAUUAGCAGUUAAUUAGUAAUUGAUAAACGAAUUAAUAGCAGAAGUGUUGUAAUAUUUAUUAUAGUUCUCACUAA